CAUGUCAUGAGCGUUCUUACAGUACUCUUCCUUUCUCUCACCUCACUCACUGUCAUCUCAUCUCUCACAUUUUUUUUAUAUCUUCCUUUGUUUUGAUCAAUCUCUCAUUCUCUCAUUCUCUUCAAUCUUCAACGUUUCUGUUAUUCUCACUCCUAAACCCCAACCCUAUCCCCGCAUUUUUCCCGGUGAAUUUCUUUGCCAUUUUCCGAGAAAGGAAAAAAAAAAAGGUGUAUGAAGACUGUUAAGGAAUGCGUGUAAGUGAGGUUGCAUUGCAGUGCUGAGAGCAGCCUCCUUCUCCACAAUGCAGAGUGAAGAUUCUCUCAAUCCCAUUUCCAGACCCACAACUCCUACACAAUGCAACUCAACUUAAACCCUAGCUUUGCUCAAAAGGGUCAACACCUUGAUCCUGUUGUGUCACCAACAGCUUCUACCUUUCUGGCUUUUGAGCUGAUUUCGGAAUCUGGGCCUCAGAGGAAUGCGGGUUUGCUGUCUCAAUGCCUCUCAAAUUGAAGUCUUUGGAUGUGAUGCCCAGUGCAGUGCAUAUUUGAGGUGAAAAUCCGAGAUCUGCUUAGAGGCCCACAACACUGCACACCACGUGUUCGCUAAAAGUUACACAAUGGUCAUGCUUUCUGCUGUGUCCUAAGGGUUCCUGUGAAUUUUUCUGGGUAGUGGGUAGCUGAUGGAUGGUUAGAAGAUAAAAAAAAAAAAAAAAAAAGGAAGAAGAAGAAGAAAAGAAGAAAAAGACACAAUUCUCUGAAGGGGUGAGUGGUGAAGUGAACAAGCAAAAAAUAAAUUGAACCAAAAAAACUGUGUCAAUGUCAGGUCCCAGAUUGAGGUCUAUGAAUGUUGGUGACUCAGAGGCAAGGCCUGUUUUUGGACCUGGUGGGAACAAGACAGGGUCAUUGAGUUCUCGGAAACCAGCUUCGAAGCCUCUGAGGAAACCUGAGAGAUUGCACAAUGAUGUUGCUUCUGCCAAAGAGAAGAAAUUCUGUGAAGUGUCUUCGGUUGUUGCUUCUCCUCAGUCACAUUCUGUGAGUGUUCUGCGCCGGCAUGAGCAGUUGCUGCAUUGCAAUUUGUCUCUCAAUGCUUCGUGUUCGUCUGAUGCAUCCACUGACUCGUUUCAUAGCCGGGCUUCUACUGGAAGAUUGACUCGGUCUAAUAGCUUGGGGUGCACAAGGAAGCGCUCUGUGUCAAAGCCUAGAAGUGUUGCUUCUGAUGGUGUAUUGGAAUCCCCUCCUCAUGGUUCACAAUCCAAGAAGAGGUGUGCUUGGGUCACUCCUAACACUGAACCAUGUUACGCUACCUUCCAUGAUGAAGAAUGGGGAGUUCCAGUCCAUGAUGACAAGAAACUAUUUGAGCUUCUUGUUCUUUCUAGUGCUCUGUCUGAACUCACUUGGCCAGCUAUUCUAAGCAAAAGGCACAUUUUUAGGGAAGUUUUUGCGGACUUUGAUCCUGUUGCUGUCUCAAAAUUUAAUGAGAAGAAGCUAGUGGCACCAGGAACCACUGCAAGCUCCUUACUUUCCGACCUUAAAUUGCGUGCUAUAAUUGAGAAUGCGCGUCAAAUAUCAAAGGUCAUAGAAGAGUUUGGGUCAUUUGACAAGUAUAUUUGGAGUUUUGUGAACCACAAGCCUAUAAUUAGCAGAUUCCGAUAUCCUCGACAGGUUCCUGUAAAAACACCAAAAGCUGAAGUUAUUAGCAAAGACCUGGUGAGAAGGGGUUUCCGAGGCGUGGGUCCCACGGUUAUAUACUCCUUCAUGCAAGUUGUGGGGUUAACAAAUGACCACCUCAUCAGUUGCUUCCGAUUCCAAGAUUGUAUGGCAGCAGCAGAAGGGAAGGAAGAGAAUGCCAUCAAGGAUGAUUCUCAACAAAAGGAGUGUGAUCAUGUGAUGGAAUCUAAUCUGUCCAUUGCCAUCGACAAUUUCAGUUUCUCCUCAGAGUGAACGAUGACUCAACUCUGUUGGCUCUAUUGGCACCUCAUCAUCAUCUAGUAAACCCAAUUCAUACUACUUAGGCCUUAGAUUGAGUCAUGAUGGAGGAGACCUUAUGUACCAUCUCAUGAAAUCCUUGAAACUGAAAGCAUAGUUAGCUAAGUUAAAUCAACUCAGUACCUAUUACCUAACAACCCAUGCUGGUAUGUGGCUUCUCGAGUGAGGCCUUAACAAAUUGGUGUACAAUUUUUUGUACAGUCAAAAAUAUCGGUGAUUACAAAUAUCUUUUAUUAAGCCAUUGGCAGCAGUUGAUACAGUACAUAACCCUCUCUUUGUUACCUUCUCAUUCUGAUUACAGUUACAUGCAUGCAUUGUGUUGGUUGAACUGAUUGAUGCGUCCCACUUUGUGAUGGAUGACAAUGAUAGAACAGUGACAGCGUGUUUAUUUGUCA